AUGACUGCAUCAGAUUUUGGAAUGGCAAAAGCUCUAUUUGAAAGAGAAUUUCAAACAAAACCACAUAGAUUCGUUGGAACAAAUGGCUAUAUGUUCACAGAGUAUGCAAUGCAUGGCCUUUGCUCAACAAAAUCUGAUGUUUUUUGCUUUGAAGUUAUUUUGCUGGAGAUUGCUUGGGACUCAUGGAACAGUGGGCGAUGCAUGAAUAUAAUGGAUCCAACAAUGGAUGCUUCAUGUUUGGUGGAUGAUAUAAUGCUGUACAUUCAGGUGGGUCUGUGUUGUCUUCAAGGAAGAGCAAAGGACAGGCCAAGCCUGUCAGAUGCAGUUUCAAUGUUCAGCAAUGAAAGGAUGAGUUUACCUACACCUAAACAGCCUGCAUAUUUUGCUCUUCUAAGUGCAGCAUGGUUCAAUCUCAAGAAGGCAAAUUACAUCUCAAAAUCUUGUAACAGUUUUAGCGGUAGAAGCACUAUGACAACUUUGAGCUUCUAUAACCAAUCUAAUUCCUGGAUACCACCAAAGAAUAUGUCGACAAAAACAAUACAGGUUCCUUAA